UCCUCAGAAAGGCUCAGUCCCAGCCUGAGUCAGAGCUGGGACCAUGCUGUCCCAGGUUCAAGGAUAAAACUCAUCAGGCCCAAGCACCAUCUCCUCCAUCUCCAGGUCUCCUCCAGGAUUGGGAUCGCCCGUGCUCACAGGCCCAGUCCCGCAGCAAGGGAGCCAGCACCAUGCUGUCUCACAGCGCCAUGGUGAAGCAGAGGAAGCAGCAAGCGUCCGCCAUCGUGAAGGAAGUCCACGGAAACGAUGCAGGCGGCAUGGACCUGGGAAAAAAGGUCAGCGUCCCCAGAGACAUCAUGCUGGAGGAGUUAUCCCACCUUGGCAACCGCGGCGCCAGGCUGUUUAAGAUGCGCCAGAGAAGGUCUGACAAGUACACGUUUGAAAACUUCCAGUAUGAAACUAAAGUUCAGAGAAACCACAGCAUCGCUAUGCAGAAUGGGAAGCUGGACGGAAGCAUCCUGGAAGGGGGCUCCCAGCAGGCCCCCCUGACGCCUCCCAACACCCCAGAUCCGCGGAGCCCUCCCAACCCAGAGAGCCUCGCUCCAGGCUAUUCCGGACCACUGAAGGAGAUCCCGCCCGAGAGGUUCAACACCACAGCCGUGCCCAAGUACUACCAGUCUCCCUGGGAGCAGGCCAUUGGCAGUGACCCUGAGCUGCUGCAGGCACUGCACCCCAAGUUCUUUCAGCCCGAGGGCAAGGCCCAGCUGCAGGACUACAGGAGCUUCAACAGAGUGGCCACCCCAUUUGGAGGUUUUGAAAAGGCAUCAAAAAUGGUGAAAUUCAAAGUUCCAGAUUUUGAGCUGCUGCUGCUGACAGAUCCCAGGUUCAUGGCUUUUGCCAACCCCCUUUCCGGCCGACGGUCCUUCAACAGGACUCCGAAGGGAUGGGUGUCCGAGAAUAUCCCCAUCGUGGUGACCACCGAGCCUGCUGAGGACACCACCAUGCCAGAGUCGGAGGACCUGUGAGAAGGCAGCUGGCCGUGGGCGCCGCCGCUCGGCAGAGUGGCCGACACGCCUUCUCACAGGAAGGCUUCGCUGGCAGAGGACCGAGGGCCGUCCAGGGCCUUCCUUUCAGGGCUCUGCAUUUCCAUCGCAGGUCAAAUGCCAGUGAACAAUUAAAAUCCUUAUUUUAAAGCUCCUA